AGCAGCUGAAAUGGCCCACCUGGUGGAACCUCAGGAAGUCUCACAAGGCGUAGUGGAGUUGGGCUCCUGGCGUGGAAGGAGGCCUCCCGCUCCCAGCAGCAGGGGUGGGGUCUUGGAAGACUUCAUAAGCCUCCUCAGGGAGUCCCUCAGUCCCAAGCUUUCCACCUGCCCCUGGAUGCCUCUGUCACCAUGUGGUUCCUGAUUCUGUACCUCGUCCUGCCCCUGUGGGGGACUGGUGCUGCGCCCCCCGUCCAGUCUCGGAUCAUAGGCGGCUGGGAGUGUGAGAAGCACUCCCAGCCCUGGCAGGCGGCGGUGUACCAUAACGGCCUUCCAGUGUGCGGGGGCGUCCUGGUGCACCCGCAGUGGGUGCUCACAGCCGCCCACUGCAACAGAAACAAUAUCCAGGUCUUUCUGGGUCGCCACAACCUGUACACUGACGAGGACACGUCCCAGUCCAUCCCCGUCAACCUCGCCUUCCCACACCCGCUCUACAAUGUCAGCCACCGCAAGUCUGCAGAGCCCGGCUCCCAGGACAGAAGCCACGACCUGAUGCUGCUGCACCUGUCGAACCCUGUCCAGAUCACGGAGGCCGUGAGGGUCCUGGCCCUGCCCACCCAGGAGCCAGAAGUGGGGAGCAUCUGCUUGGCCUCCGGCUGGGGCAGCAUAAAGCCAAAGCAGUACUUGAGCCCAGAGACACUCCAGUGCGUGGACCUCAACCUCAUGCCCAAUGAGUUUUGUAGUAGAGCCUACUCUGAGAAGGUGACAGACUUCAUGUUGUGUGCUGGGCGCUGGAAGGGUGGCAAAGACACCUGUGGGGGUGAUUCGGGGGGCCCACUCAUCUGUAAUGGCGUGCUGCAAGGUCUCACGUCAUGGGGCAGUGAUCCCUGUGCCGUGCCCCAACGGCCUGCCCUGUAUACCAAGCUGAUGGUCUACCGGAAGUGGAUCGAGGACACCAUGGUGGCCAACUCCUAAGUGCCCCGCCCCAUCCCUACCCUAGUAAAAUGGAGUACACACCAAGUUCUGGCAUCUUCCCACCUUUCUAGACACAGGGCACCUGACAG